GCCGGAAGCGAUCCAAAUGGCAGACGGCAAGACAUUCUUCGUCGUGGGCAUUCUGUUGCUCGUUGCAGCCUCUCUGUACAGCAACCGUCGCAGUGUCGGACUUAUCAAAUUGCAUCGCGCAAUUACCGGAGAGCGAGGAUGUGCGCCGCUGCGCAAGAGUCUCGGAAACGUCACGCUGCAUUACUUCGCCUCCCGCGGUCGCGCCGAGGUCGUCCGUCUCGCACUGGAGGAGGCCGAAAUACCCUACACGGAGACAGGUUUUACGAAGGACACGUGGCCUGCUGCUAAGCAAGAGGGACUCAAGUCGGGUCUCUACCCGUUUGGACUUGUACCUGCUAUUGUUACUGAGGGAGGAGAUCGAAUUCCAGACAGUCAAGCGAUCCUUAGGUUUAUUGCUCGAGCUAGCAACAUGGACUGCGAGUGUGAAGACUCUACGAUGUGUGAUGUGUUUGCGAGAAGUACCGAGGACUUCCGCAAGCAGCGCAGCACUCUCGUCUACGACCCCGACUUCACCCCAGAGAAACGCCUCGAAUAUCUAACAACCGGAAAGGCCAAGCAAUGGAUGGGAUACUUCGAGAAACUCGCACCAUCGGCAGACAACAAACCAAACGACAACUCACACGCAUACUUCGUAGGCGACCACAUCACAUGGAUCGACAUCCUCAUAUUCGAUCUACUAGACGACCACGUCGCUCUCUCUCAAAUGGACGGACUAGAAAAAGUGAACAUCCUGGCCGACUUUCCGAGACUCCGUGCGUUUCACUCUGGAUUCUCCCGACGUCCAAACAUUGCUGCCUACCUUCAUAGCGACAGACGCCUACCCUACACGAUUCCGUACUCGGAGAAGCUCAAGAGCAAGGAGUAGGGUGGUGGUCACGUUUGCUGUUUGAAUGUCUGGUUUGUUAUACACUUUGCUAUGUUUGUUGUUGAAAGUGUGCUAGACUACGAGUCUGUAGGUAAUGUAUCUGCCGGCUGUUUCGCUCGAACGAAUGAUUUUGACGACCUGGAGAA